AUGCAUUUAGUUAUUGUUACAUUGAUGAUUACAUUGUAUUCAAUUCAUUCAACAAAAAGUUCUUUAUCUAUACAACAAAGAAUUAUCACAUCACCAGAAGAUCAUUUAAUUGAAUAUAUUUAUAAUAAUUCAAUAAAUUAUAAUUGUAAUUUUAAUGAUUUUCAUUAUUGUUCAUUUGAACAUUCAAUGGAUUGGAGUUUUCAGUUAAGUUUAACAGAAUUCGCUGUACAAAUGAAGUUGGCGGCUGAAAGAGCAGCUAAAAUUGUUCAAAAUUUUCAUAAUAAAGAGACAACAAGUCAUAACAAUAAUAAUCGUAGUGACAACAAUCACAAUAGUAAUAUUAAAUCAAUGAGUGAUACAGUAAAUCAGCGUGAAACUUUGUCCAAUACUUAUCCUCAAUUCCCUGCUGUAAUUAUUCCAAAAAUCAAUUAUUUCCCAUGCUCUUCAAUCAGUCAGAAUGAAAGUUCUUAUAUGAAAUUAAGCAUUCAUUGGCCUAAAUAUUUUAUAACGCAUAAACCUAUUGCACCAGAGGAUGUCACAAGUGCAACAUUGUCAUCUACUGGAUCACCGUCGAGAUUUCCAUUGUUUUCUUCAACGUCUAUCUCUUCCUUCAGAUCAGUCACACCAAGACCACCCUCACCACUACCACCACCAAGAAGAAGAACAACAACAACAAAACCAACUAAAACAAUGAUUCAUCAAUCAACAAGACGUAAAUUAAAUGAUGAAACUGACAAUAUUAAUAAACAGACAUUGUAUACAUUUCAGAAAUCCCUUCCAGUAGCUUGUUUACAAUUGAAAAUACGAUUUCUUUCUAAUCGAACGGAUAGUAAAAUUGUAGUAAAUUUAGGAUCAAAUAAACAAACUAUUCGAGCUCUACUCAACACUGAUGAUCCAAAUGACUAUAGCUAUAACGAUCAAGUAUAUGAUAUUGAUGAAGAUGAGCAACGCGAUCAUUCAUCACCAUCGAGUAGUACAUCACCGUACACUUGGAGAACAAUGUCUCGGUUAGAUUGGUCAAUUUUUAAAGAACAGAUAUCAGAUUUACAAAAUAAUAACAAUAAUAAUAAUACUCUACCCAAUAAUAUAUGGAUAAAUGUCACAAUACCUAUAUAUACUACUAAUAAUUAUACUGAAAAUACUGCAUACAACAAUCAAUACAUAGAUGAACAUGAAUACGAUGAAAGAAAAUUAAGCAAUAUUAUAGCACAAUCAGAUGAAUGGAUAGCUUAUGAUAGUGUUCAAUCAUUAAACAUCCUAAGUACAAGUAAUAUAUGCCUUGAUGAUAUAUAUUUAUUUACAAUUCGAAAUCAAAAUCUACUCAGAUCUACUUGUCAACGUAAAGUAAGCUGGUUCAAUGAAAGUAGGAAUAAUUCUAUACAAAUUCUUCGUCUUAAUUCACUUGGUUAUCCUAUACUAAAUAUGACUAGUGUUCGAAAUCGUAUGAUCAAUAGUAAAAAUAAUAUCAUUAUACAAUCAUUCAAAUCAAUGAAUUCUAAGAAAUAUCCAUUAUAUAAUGGUGGUUAUCAUAUUUUAUGGAUUGCUGGUUCAUUAAUAUUAGCCUUAUUUAUUAUAUUCUUAGCUAUAUUAUUUAUAAUUACAUUUAGUCUAUCGGUUAUAUGUAGUCAACGAAAAAUUUCAACAAAUUUACCAGUGACUACUACUACUAUAAAUAAUGAUAUGAGUAGUCGAAAUAAAACUGGUGAAAUUCUUCAUCAGCAUAAUCGUCGAAAAGUGUAUUUAAAUCAUCGUCAUCAUCAUCAUUGUGAAGAUCAUUCUAAAGAUGGUUUCCUUCAAAUAUUACCAGAAGAUCCAAUUAAUUCGCUAUUUAAUGAUAUGUCUUCAAAUUCACUGCAUGGUUUAUUGUAUCAUCCUUCAUUCAGUGGGCAACAACAACAACAAAAGUUACAGCAAACUUCAACAGGACAUCAACAACACUUUUUGGAUGAUAAUUCCACUGAACUCAGUUUAUAUACACAAGAUGAUCAGAAUGAAUUGAUGAAUUCAGUAAACAGACAAACUGUUGAUGGUUCAGAUAAUGCCUCAGCAACAAGUGCAAUACAACUGCUUCGUAAUUGGAAUUUUUAUAAACAACGUGCUAUACCCUGUUGUCGGUGUUAUUCACCUACUGCUGUUGUUAAUGCUGUCAAAUACUCUGGUCUGGUACAAGCGAACGCCUUAAAUACAUCAAUGUUUUUAUGUAUGGAGAAUCAUCCAUUAUUCAAUGGGGAUUGUAAUCAUAAUAAUAUUACAACAACUAAUAACAACAAUAAUAGUAAUAAUACAAAUGCAAUUUCAUGUGAUAAUUUAGAAGAGAAUGUCAUGUAUCGAUGUCAUUCACGAGUUGGUUCACCUCGUCUAACUUCUAUGCCUGAAGGUCGACAAUCAUUGAUUUUAUCAGUUAAUGCAAACAAUGAACUGGUCAUAUUACCACCAUCAUCAUCAUCAACAACAACUACUUGUAGUACUACUGCUACUACUACUAAUGAUAAUAACAGUAGUAGAUAUUAUAAUCAGAAAGAAAGCAGCAUCUCACCGACAAUAAACAACAAAAACACUACACACAAGGAAAGAAACAAUGACAAUAUGUUUAGCAUGUUGAAUAGUUUAUCUGAAGAGGACGCUGAAGCUACACGUCUAGAAAUGGCAGCGUCUGUUGGUGCAUUAGAUCAAUACUUACAUGAAGAUAGAACACUAGACGGUAUUGAUUAUACCUUGUCAACUGUUCCACGUUCAUUGAUAGGCAGUGAACCACCACCGAGCUAUAGUGAUUCAUUACCACCCUCAUAG